AAUUACACAUAGUAUAUAUAUAGGGGAUAUUAACCAACUCUGCAGUCAGUUGAAAGGAUUAACGUCUAUUGUUCUAUUCUCUGUUUACGAUUUUUAUUGAAUUAAUAUAGAAGUUGUUUCUUACUUUCUAUAUUACUUAGAAAAUCAAAGAAAAUAUAAUGUCAAGCCCAGUGAUAAUUUCUGCUGCUACCAGACAUACAGCAACGCUAAUAUUCUUCCAUGGCUUAGGUGAUACAGGAAAUGGUUGGGCCAGUCCUAUGGCAGCUAUAAGACAAUCUCAUGUCAAAGUUAUUUGUCCAACAGCACCAACAAUGCCAGUUACUCUUAAUGCAGGCUUUAGAAUGCCAUCUUGGUUUGACUUACGAUCUCUGGAUCCUGCUGGUCCAGAAGAUGAAGAGGGUAUACGUAAAGCUACGGAAUAUGUUCAUAGUUUAAUUGCACAAGAAGUUGCUGCAGGUAUAUCAACAAAAAAUAUUGUCCUAGGAGGAUUUAGUCAAGGUGGAGCUUUAGCUAUGUAUAGUGCGCUUACACACCCAGAACCUUUAGCUGGAAUAGUAGCUUUGUCAACAUGGCUUCCUUUACAUCAAAAGUUUCCGGCAGAAGCAUUAGUAAAUAAGGAUACACCGUUAUUACAAUGUCAUGGAGAUUGCGAUCCUAUAGUGCCAUAUAAAUGGGGUCAAAUGACUGCAUCAUUUCUUAAACAGUUUAUGACACAAACAGAAUUUAAAACAUACAGAGGAAUGAUGCAUACAUCCUCUGAAGAGGAAAUGCGCGAUGUGAAAAAAUUCCUAAGCACAGUCUUGAAGCCAUAAUAAAUUACAUUAAGUACACUUACAUUUUAAGAAUGAGUCGAAUUGAUAUAUUAUUUAAUCAAUAAUUAAAUUGAUUAAUUUUGAUUUAUCUUUAUUAUCUCUGGUGACAGAUAAAAGUAGAUAUAAUUUAUUUAUUUUUAAAGGAAGUACAAUAAUAAGAACAUUUUUAGUGUAUUAUAUUUAUUCUUAAAUUAAUUAGAGUUUAAUAAUUAGUCUUAACAUUUUUGUUAACAUAAUGUUAUUGAAAAAUUGAAAUUUCAAUUCCUUUUAACAUGUUGUAGCUACUUAAAUUGAUUCGAAUAUUUUUAUUUAAUUUCAGGAUAACAGUUGUAUUGAACAAUGCAUUUUUUAAAUAUUAUGUUAUUAACAUAUAGUACACAUUAAUAAUUUAUCAGCUUUCUUCACUCUUUAAUCUAAGCCAACUAAAGAUUAUAAUAAAAAGGAAUGCAGAAGUGGCUUUUAUAGGUAUUAUUAAAAAUAAUAAAUUAUAGAACCAAAAAUUAUGAGUAUUUAGAUCUAGAAUUAUUUAUUAUUAAUGUACAGAGUAUAACUUAACAAAGAAAGGAAUUAAAAGUUGUAUUUAUCAGUUGACUAUAUAAUCUCCGAUCUCAAGCAGCACUUAAGUUAUCAUUUUGGGAACAGAUAUUUUUAUUGUUACACUAUAUUAACUCCAAAAUAAAUCUUCCAUAUAUUUUUUUCUGUUUCUUAUUAGGUACAGUACUUCCAUUGAGUUAAUUUUAUUUUAGGGUUCUAAGUCAUAUAAUAUCUUUGCGUAUGUACCAUCUAUGUAUGUACAAUGCAUAAUAAGAUAAUUAGGAGUUGAUUGCAUUUAUGCGUGGGUAAUAAAACUUGAAAGUUAUUUGGUCUUUAAAUUGAAAAUAAUUAUUAGUUGAAAUAAAAUGAAUACCUUAAGUCUUA